UUUUGUUCUCUCCCUCAUAGUUUCUCCUUCACCUCAUCAUCAUCAUCAUUAACUUUCUCCACUUCUUCCUCAUUGCACUUCUCUUUAACACUAACACUGAUUAUACAUUCUCCCAAUCUGCUUCCCGAACGAGUGUUGAAGUAUUUGAUGAGGAAUGUUGAUGAAAACCUAAAAAGGAAGGACGUAGGGCAAAGGGUAAGGGUAAGGGUAAGGGUAAGGGUAGGGUACCCGAAAAGUUGUAGUUGAAGACUGAUGUGUGCUGUGAAAAUUCUCGACAAAGGGACAACAGAGUCAGAGGGUCAGCUUCCACAACGAGACAGACUUUGGUUCCAGUGUGAUUGAUAUAUAUAUACAUGAUGGAGUCAUGUGUCCCACCGGGGUUUCGCUUCCACCCAACAGAUGAAGAACUUGUGGGUUAUUAUCUCCGGAAAAAAGUUGCUUCUCGGAAGAUUGAUCUUGACGUUAUCAAAGAAAUAGACCUAUAUCGUAUUGAACCAUGGGAUCUCCAAGAGAGAUGCAGGAUUGGGUAUGAGGAGCAGAAUGAAUGGUAUUUCUUUAGUCAUAAAGAUAAAAAAUAUCCAACUGGGACAAGAACGAACAGAGCUACAAUGGCAGGGUUUUGGAAGGCGACAGGAAGAGACAAAUCAGUGUACGAAAGGACCAAACUUAUUGGCAUGAGAAAGACCCUCGUUUUCUACAAAGGAAGAGCCCCUAAUGGACAAAAAACUGAUUGGAUCAUGCACGAGUAUAGGCUUGAAACUGUCGAGAAUGGACCUCCACAGGAAGAAGGAUGGGUUGUGUGCAGAGCAUUCAGGAAAAGAACUAACGGCCAAACGAAGACCAUUGAAGGGUGGGAUCGAAGGUACACAUACGAGGAACAAGCAUGCGGUGUCAACUCUUCGGUUAUGUUAAGGCAACCUCAGAGGAACAAUAUUUCAGCUCAAAAUUUGUUGUACAAGAAAGAGACAGACGCAGAUAAUUUGAGCUUCAUGCAUGCAGAACAACUGAUGCAGCUUCCUCAGCUAGAAAGCCCCUCCAUGCCACUAGUGAAGAAGCAAACCUCAGUGUCCCUUAUAUCAGACAACAUUAACAACGAUGAUGUUUCUCAGAAGGAGUUAUCCAACACAAAGAGAGUGACUGAUUGGAGGGCACUUGACAAGUUUGUGGCUUCUCAGUUGAGUCAUGAAAUAGAAGAGAGGCAUGAAAUAGAAGGAGUGUCAAGCUUUGCAGCUCAUCAUCACACUGGGUCGGACAUGGCAUUGUUGCUACUCCAGAAUAGUAAUGAAAGGAACAAGUUCAACCCGUUUCUAAGUGCAGGUUCAUCAGACUGUGACAUUGGGAUAUGUGUAUUUGAAAAAUGAGUAGGGUUAAUUUGUUGCAUUGGUAGUAACUAUAUAAAUGUUGUUAUGGAUGUUGAGACAUGUGAUGAUAUAUGUAAUUUGAAUUU